AUGCUAAUACAGGAUCCUAUAGUCAAGGGAACAAAUGGGUGCUACUCUGGCUGUCAAUGUGACCCCAGGAUACCUGAGGUGUAUUGCCUCCCUGGUGCUAGAGUCUGGGAUGUCACUGAAUGGCUGCAGGGCAUCCUGAAGAGGGAGGAUGAUAAGGCAGAGGCCAUGGCACAUGUUGGUACCAAUGACAUGGGGCAGGUGACAGAAGAAUGGAGAACAGCCAACGUUGUUCCUAUAUUUAAGAAGUGUUGUAGAGCUAAACCAGAGAACUACAGAUCAGUGAAUCUCACAUCAGCAGUGGGGAAAAUGUUGCGGAAAAUUCUGAAAGAAGAAGAAGCAAAACCUGACCUUCGCUUUGGUAAUAUGGCCGGACACGCGAAUGAAGUACUAGUUCGUAGUGUUUUGCAACACAUCAAGAAUUUGUAUGGAAUUAAACUUGAAGUGAAGGGAUUGGAAAAUCUGAAUGUCAAGGGUCCCUAUGUUAUUAUCUCCAAUCACCAGAGCUCACUGGAUCUGAUGGGCAUGAUGGAGAUCCUCCCUGAUCGCUGUGUUGCGAUUGCAAAGAAGGAGCUGAUGUAUGCUGGCACUGUGGGAUUGGUAUGCUGGCUUGCUGGCAUCAUCUUCAUCAACCGGCAGAAGAAAACUGAUGCAAAAAGUGUGAUGACGGAAGCUGCUCAGACCAUGCUGAAAGAGAACAUUAGACUGUGGGUGUUUCCAGAAGGAACCAGAAAUCAUGAUGGUAAUAUGUUGCCAUUUAAACGAGGAGCUUUCCACUUAGCCAUACAGGCACAGGUUCCAAUUAUUCCAGUGGUGUUUUCCUCCUACAAUGACUUCUACAACAGAGCAGAGAAAAGGUUUACCUCUGGGAAAUGUAUCGUUAAGGUUCUUCCUCUAAUGGAAACUCGAGGCAUGACAACAGACGAUGUGCCGGACUUAACGGAGAGAGCACGCAAUUUGCUUAUGACCACAUGGAACGAAAUCUCUGCUCCUAUCCUCAAAAUGCAUGGGGCCCAAUGAAGUCACUAUGUACAGGUCUUUAUGGAGUGUUUGCAUCAGUGAUGUUUGUGCUGAGGUCUAUACUGAUGCUUCAGGUUGUGUAAUGAGUUUUACACUAAAUGGAUUUUCAUGAAACAUUAGGAAUUACUCAUUGAUCAGCAAGAUGCUGUCAGUUACGAUGGUAGUCUCUUGCUGGUCAACAUGGGUAGGGAAUCCCAACCACUGGAUUUAAUAUCUGAAGUGGGAUUUCUUACUUCUAAGUAAUAGGAAGAAAAUAGAUGCUCUGUGAGCUGUUUACCUGCUGUCAGUUCUUCUAGCCAGGUGGCCAUGUGUUCAGGCGCUUUUCAUUCAUCGUGAGAGUAUGUUUCUCUUUCAUUGUGCCCAUAAAUUCCAGCACUAGUAUUUGAUCACAGUCAAUGUUUAGAUUGAGAAAAUAGACUGAAAAUUAUUGCUGGCAUUCUCUAAUAAAUUAGCACUCUGCAAUACUAGUUGGUCAGACUUCUAAACUUCAGAAUUUUUGUUUUGGUGCACAGAACUAGAUAAUUUUGUUUUUGAGACAGAGGCCAUUUACACAUUCCGCAUCUUUUCCUGAUCAGGCUUCUGUUUCCCUUUGUUUUAUUUGCUACUUAUCCAGGGAUUAGAAUGUGUUGGUGCCUACCUGCUGUACAUGAGGCAGAGUUACUUCUACAAUCUGAAUUUGCCUUGAUCUUAUUGAUAUUGGUCAAGUACUUUCAUCCAAAUGUAUUAAAUUGACUUAACUGUGUAAUGUAUUUGUUGAGGUGAAGAUGUCUUAAGCUUUUCAGGAAGCAAGUUCCCACUAAUGAUGUAAUUGCUGUUGCAUUGCUGAGCUCAGGUCAGUGAGUUUCAGUACUAGGGUUAGGACCUUAUGUAAAAUUACAAAUCUCAGUAUUUACAGUUUAAUUGUACAGAACUUAACUUGCAGUAAACGUGUGUAAACUUGACUGUACGACACUUUGUGGCACUAGAAAGUAACACUGCCCCCCUCAAUCUAGUGAGUCAAAUAAUGUCGAGGCUACUUGGUCUUAAUAGUGACUCCAGUAUCAGUGUUUAGGGCCAGGAAGAUGUAUUCUGUAGCUUAUCUUUAUUGUAUUGCUUUCUGUACCAUUUGUCUUGGUAAAAUAUUAAAUAAUGCUGCAUGUAAAUGUGAUUUGUAUUGCUUUAGACUUUUAUGCGAGAAUAUUUGGUCCUUUUUAAAGUUGCCAUUUUCAAUCAACUUUUCAAUAAGUAUUUAGCAACAAGAUCAUAUCUUACACUUUGUCCCUGUUCCUCCCUCAACAUUUUAGUUUUAGUCUUAAUUCUGUGACUGCGGAUUCAAUGAACAAUAAAAUCAUUUGGAGAAUUGUGUUUCAAGAGUUGGGAGUAAUUACAGAGCACUGCUUAUUAAUUUGCUUGAAAUGUCACAAUACCUCAAUCAGCAGUGUUUCAAAAUAAUGUUACCCUUAGCUAUGAUGCAGAAGAUGUUUUGCUUUUCUACUGGAAAAAAUAAUUACACUGGUCGUCUUCUGUCCAGCUGAACCCCUGUUGUAAUAAAAUUGUGACCAGGAGUCUGCUUCAAGCGAUGAGAUUCAGUCUGCACUAUCCCAUUUUAUUCUCUGUAUCUAUUGCUUCUUUUAGGUGCAAAAUAUACUAUCCAUCUGAAGUACACAUUAAAGUUUUUGAGAAGGUUUGUA